CAGAAAUCAAAAUAAAUCUGCCUAUUCAAUACUUUCAUGGCAUCUGCCCAAUCUGCCAAUUUGACAUAGUUUCAUACUUUGCUAUCACACAUUAAGGCAAGAACUUUUCCCAAUCAGUUCAAUAUGCAGUAUGAUCAGAUAAAGCUGAAUCAUAUCUAUGGAUUAACGAGAGGAAGUAUCUACCCAGAAGAAUCAGCUUCAGAUGUAUCUCAAUUCACUGCAAAUGCAAAAGAUGUACCAGCAGAAUCCAGAUUUUUCGAAGCAGCAGGGUUUUCGAAAACCAUGCAUGCAGACAUGAACAUGCACUCAGAAGAUCAGUUGACUGAGAGUUGCAAAGUGGUUCCUUCAAGUACUUGCCUCUACCGUCUUGUUGCCAUUGUGGAGCACUUUGGAAGAGCUGGAAGUGGGCACUACACCGUUUACAGAAGCAUGAGAGCUGAUUUAUGUGAAGAACCUUGUGACGAGUCUGAGGUCGACGCUGCUGCUUGGUGCUGGUAUUCUAUUUCAGAUUCAGAAAUGAAUCGUGAAGAAAGGCUGGAGAGUUCUGUCCAGCGAUUCGUGUCGGAGACGAUUCGUGAAGGAAUCGUGUCGGAGACGAUUCGUGAAGGAUGCUUUGGCGUGGCGCCGGUGGUUGGGUGUUGA